CCAAUUCUUAACAAGAUGUUAGAAGAACAAUCUUCAAAGAAUACAGUUUGGACACCAUCAAAGGUGAUUGCUCGCCUUGGCAAGGAAAUAAAUGAUAAAAGCUCAUACUUGUACUGGGCUUAUAAGAAUGGCAUUCCAGUCUAUUGCCCUGCACUAACUGAUGGCUCUCUAGGGGAUAUGCUGUACUGCCAUUCAAUACGCAGUCCUGGUUUGCUUAUUGAUAUUGUGCAAGAUAUACGAGCCAUUAAUGAGGAAGCUGUUCGUGCUGGCCUUAGAAAAACUGGAAUGAUUAUUCUGGGUGGUGGGCUACCAAAGCACCACAUAUAUAACGCCAACAUGAUGCGUAAUGGUGCAGAUUUUGCUGUUAUUAUCAACACAGCUCAGGAGUUUGAUGGGAGUGAUUCUGGAGCACAACCUGAUGAAGCAGUUUCAUGGGGGAAAAUAAGAGGAUCUGCGAAAAGUAUAAAAGUACAUUGUGAUGCUACAAUUGCUUUUCCUCUGCUGGUGGCUGCAACAUUUGCACAGAGGACAAAAUGACUACAAAGGGACAGUAGGUAUAUGAGUACAUCCACAGUGACAUCGAAGAGGAGUAAAAUAACUGCUGAGCGUUCGUUGGUAUUAUAUCAGCCGAAUUUAUUGCUGCGGUUUUGAGAGAUGGAAUAUCAAACAGUUGGUAUAACUCCACUGGAAGCAUUGACAGUCUCAGAUAGAAAUAUUAUGAUGUAUUUAUACGGCGUGAUGAGGAGUUUGUGGAUCGAUGAAGUGUUAAUUGAUGAUAAGCAUUGCAUUUUUUUUUAAUUUUUGGGGGUAUUAUGGAGGUAUUAUUGUUUCCUUGGAGAUCCCGAGUUAUGUACAAUUAUUUAUAUAUAAUUCUAGAAAGAAUUAUGCAUGUUGAUAAGGUACGUACAUUUUGAAUGUACAUGUUUACUUUUGAACU